AUGGAUGAAAACCUGACUCGAGGCUACUGUCAGUUGUCGUCGCCGUCGACAAGACCAAGACGAACAGCCAAUCAGGAUAGAGUUAAUCCACCACGUGAUCCAUGUAGCUGUAUAUACCUCUCUUUAGUUUUGGCGGGAGCUGGAUUUCUGCUUCCGUACAAUAGUUUUAUUACUGCUGUGGACUAUUAUGACAACAGAUUUCCUAAUAGUACUAUUAUAUUCGACAUGAGUAUGACCUAUAUCAUUGUAGCGUUUGUCAGCGUAUGUAUUAAUAACGUGCUGGUGGAAGCACUUAGUAUGCCUGUUAGAAUAACGUUUGGAUACCUCGUGUCGUUUGUGGUGUUAUUGAUUAUCGCCCUUUGUGAUGUGUGGUAUCAAGUGUUUACACCGGAUAUCGGAUAUAAAGUUACGCUGACUGCUGUUGCUGUAGUUGCUAUUGGAGCUACAGUUCAACAGUCUAGUUUCUAUGGAUUCACCAGCAUGUUACCAUCAAGAUAUACUCAAGCUGUUAUGACAGGAGAAAGUGCUGCUGGUUUGAUCAUCUCAAUGAAUCGAAUAAUAACCAAAUCUUUACUGAACGAUCAAAGGAUCAACACCAUCAUCUUCUUCAUCAUCUCCAUCUCUAUCUUGUGGGUCUGCUUCAUCGUCUUUCAUAUCAUUCGAAGAACAGAAUUCGUCCGGUUUUAUGUGAGUCUUUGUGAAAGUGCUGGAGUUCCAGAAGAUCAGAGAGGGAUCACGAAAGGAGGUGGUUGUACAGAAGAAGUAAGCUUAAGAUAUGGUGUAUUGAUAAUACAGAGUCCAACAUCACCGACAUCACGUUCUGCUGAUAGUAGUACUUCUGGUAACAGUGAGAAUACAGUACGAGAAAUCACGAGAAGUAACGAGGAACGAGUUAUGUUCCAAGGACAAAGUUAUAAAGUUCAUGUGCCAAAAGUUUCAAGCAUCAAGAAGGGUAUAAGAAUGAGAUAUGAAGUUUCAAAAACAGUUUGGCCCUACAUGUUAUCUAUUGGUCUGGCUUAUUUUGUUACCCUGUGUCUGUUUCCCGGUAUAGAAUCGGAGGUCAUCAGCUGUAAACUUGGAAGCUGGAUGCCAAUUAUUAUUAUGGCAAUUUUCAACGGCUGUGAUUUUCUUGGAAAGAUAGUUGCUUCAAUACCAUAUGACUGGCCACGCGGUCGUUUGGUGGCAGCGACAUUCUGCCGCGUGUUGAUCAUACCACUGUUGAUGUUAUGUGUGACACCAAGAGAGCACCCAACGUUAUCUGGUGAUGUAUGGCCAUUACUGCUGUCUCUUGUACUAGGUCUUACUAAUGGUUAUUUUGGUAGUGUUCCUAUGAUCCUAGCUCCAUCUAGAGUCCCUGAUGAACAACGAGAACUGUGUGGUAAUAUUAUGACGUUAUCGUACAGUUUGGGACUGACAACGGGAUCGGGGGUGGCUUAUUUGUUAGACUAUUUGAUGGGUCCACAUCGAGUUACCAGUCCUUGCGUUGUAGAUCUGACGCCUGCUCAACAUUUGAAUUCGACGUUUGGUCAACCAUUGUAA